GGAAACUGCCUUUCUGCGCCAUGGGUGUGAGCUCUGUUAUCCAUCCCAAGAACCCUCAUGUUCCAACCAUGCACUUCAACUACAGAUACUUUGAAAUUGAAGAAGCAGAUGGAACUAAACAGUGGUGGUUUGGUGGUGGGACUGACCUCACUCCAACUUACUUGAAUGAAGAGGAUGCUGUUCAUUUUCACAAGACGCUGAAAGAAGCCUGUGACAAACAUGAUCUGAAGCUGUAUCCCAAGUACAAGAAAUGGUGUGAUGACUAUUUCUAUAUCAAGCACCGUGGUGAGCGGAGAGGGAUUGGAGGCAUAUUCUUUGAUGACGUAGACUCUCCUUCCAAGGAGGAAGUAUUCCAGUUUGUGAAGAGUUGUGCCAAAGCUGUUGUGCCUUGUUAUGUUCCCAUUGUGAAAAGGCACUGCCAUGACUCCUUCACACCAGAGGAAAAACUAUGGCAACAGCUUCGGAGGGGGCGGUACGUAGAGUUCAACUUGGUUUAUGACAGAGGUACAAAGUUUGGUCUUCUGACACCAGGAUCAAGAAUUGAAAGCAUUCUUAUGUCUCUGCCACUGACUGCAAGGUGGGAGUACAUGCACACCCCGCCAGAGAGCUCAAAAGAAGCAGAAAUCCUGGAAGUUCUGCGCAAUCCCAAAGACUGGGUGCACUGACACGGAUCAUGAACAAGAUGGAUUGCUUACACUGAGCCAUUAUGACAGAAAAGGAAUGCCUGCACACCAGCUUGUUUAAACUGCUGACUGGUGUUUUAGUACAGCUAUUUAUACUCUUACCUGGUGCCUUAAUAAUGCUGUAAAAUUGUUGUAACUUACGACUAUGUGAACUUGUUCUUAAAGAUUGAUCAUCUCAUGUUAUCCCCCCCAUGUUGAUGUUGCCUUGUGAAGGACUGGUGGUGCCCUCACAGGACUACUGUGCAUGCUUAAGAACUUCCUCAACUGAUUUCUUUGACUGCAAAAUGGCAAACUAUUGUCAAGUGUUCUCCCACUGGAAUGAAAGCAUAAAGCGUGCCUAAAUAGCACUGCUUACUCUUAGAAAAUGGUGGGAUGUGUUAGAAUUUUUUUUUUUCUUAAGAAUAAAGGGAAUAUUUGAUAUGAUUUUAAACCUU